AUGUUGUCAACCAAGCUUUCAGGGCCUUUGCGCGGAUUUAGAAGCUUUCAUUCGUCAUUUGCUAGACCAUUUACCAUCCCCUUUUUGCCAAAGAUUCCUCAGAAGCCAGGAGGAGUGAGUGGAACCGCAAAUGAUUCCUCUUAUAUGCCACCUGAAAGCAAAUCUCACGGUUCAUAUCAUUGGAUUGCAGAGCGUGGCCUCUCUUUGGCGGUUCUUCCACUGAUCGCGAUACCCAUGGUUACUACAGGUCCCAUCUCCACAUUCACCGAUACGUUUUUAUCAUUAGUUCUACUCGGUCAUUGCCAUAUCGGAUUUCAAUCUUGCAUUAUAGAUUAUGUUUCUGAAAGAGUCUACGGGAAGGUACAUCAUUACGCGAUGUAUUUACUCAGUCUGGGUUCAUUUAUAUCACUGGUUGGUAUAUACAAAUUGGAGAGCCAAGGAGUGGGGCUUGUUGGGUCUCUGAAAUCUUUAUGGGAUAACAAACCUGUAGAAAAGAAGGAAGAAAUAGUGAUCGAUUAA